AUGUCUUCCAUCAUCAAGAUGACUGUCUUUGCCACCUCCAUUGCCUCGAUGGCUCAUGAGGAUAAGAUCAACUUCCAUGGUCUUGAACUCACCACCAUUGGUGGCGGAACUCAGGUUGCCACUGGCCCCAUCGCUGUUGAUGCUCUCUACUCCAGUGUCUGCGUUCCGAUCAUCCUAACCACCCUUUCCUGCGAGACCAUCACUCUUCCAACCAUCACCACCGAGGAGAUCAUCGUCUAUACUCCCGUCACUGAGGUCACUCCCAUCGAAGAGGUCAUCACUUCCACCGAGGUGAUCACCACUUCUGAGGAGACCCCCUCGAUCGUGGUUGUUCCUACCACCGCCAUCCCAACCGAGGAUGUCGUCCAGAGCGGCGUUUCUGCCACUCACAUCUCUCUCGGCUGCCUCUUCGUGGCCGGUCUCAUCUUCUCAACCCUCUUCUGA